AUGAAGCCGCUUAUCUUCUUCAUGCUUCUCGCUUCAUGCACCGCCCAACUCCCCUUCCCCUGGCCGUUCUGCGCAUCAACCACCACCUUCUCGCUCGCGGGAACCUACACCGUCACCUCGACCAGCACUAUAACUUCGGGCACAAGCACUACAACCGUAACCGCACCGACCAGCGUCUCGAUAGCCCAAUCCCGCACAACAGUCUACACCCCAACCUCCGUAACCUGCCUCAGCACCGCAACAACACUCACAGCAUACCCGUCUUUGGGUUUGGACGGAAGUACGCUCGCCAUCCGCGAAGCAAAGCCCCAGAUUACCAUUCCACCACUUCUGCCGACCGGAUGUUCAAGCGUGACGAUCAUCCAGCCCACGGUGGCCGAUGGUCCCUGCACGAGGGUUGAGGGGGACUUUGUUCUUGCGACAAGCACAGUCACAACCACGACAAGCGGAGUUCUCACCGAAACAACGACUCCGAUCUCGACGCAGACAGUGACAGAGACCUGGGUGCAGCCGACGCCCACGAGCUUCAACGGCCUAAACUACUACCAAUACCUCAACGCCUACAACUACAACAGCGCCACAACCGGCCUCGGCGGCGGCGGCUACAGCACAUCGCACUGGCUCGGCAACACCUCCUACCUAACCACGGGCCUAACACGCAACAUCAACUUCGAGUCACCAAACUGGCCUACGGGCGCCGCGCUCUGCCAACUCCCCGGCCAGUCCGCGGCAACAGACUGCUCGCAAUGGACGGUCGUAUUCCAGGGGUUCAUGUUCGCGCGUGUUCCCGGGCCGUACGUCGUGCAUUCGCCGAUUGCGUCGGAGACCGCGAAGUGGCAGGACAACGCGGGGUUCUGGUGGGGUGGGAGCAAGGCGUACGCGACGUAUACCGAUGGGAAUGUGGAUGGGGCUGCGACGCCGCUGGGCAUCGAGGGCGUGGAUAAUUAUGCCGCGUAUGAGUUGGUGGCUGGCGAGUUUCUGCCGUUCACGUUUAUCUAUAGUAAUGGGCAGGGGCCUGCGGCGAAUCGGGUUGAUGUUACGGGCCCCGAUGGGGUGGUGUAUCCGGAGGACUUGGAACUGUUUGUGCCGCCUUGUGAGGAUAGUGCGUUUGUGCCUUAA